AGGCCCGUGGGGGGUGGGAGUACGGGCCGAGUCUGGACGUCGGCAUCUGGGUCUCGGGGAGUCAGGAGGCCUUGGCGUCGGAACAGGGCCUCCCUCAGGUGGGCAGGGGGAGUGCCCAGGUCCUGCUGGGAUUCCCCAUGAGGUUGCAGAGGGAGGACGGAGAAACACAGGACAGUCUGGGAAGGCCCCUCGCGGGCCGGGGAGGAGACGGGCAUUUGGGGAGUCCAGACAGCCACAUCCGGGUCUCAGAGCAUGCAGAGGCCUGGUGUCAGGAGCAGGGCCUCAGGUGGGCAGAGGGGAGGACCCAGGGACCCUGCACCCCAGCCCAAAGUCAGUCCCGGAAGGUACGUGAGGGGUGGGGGAUGGGAACACGUGAUGAGGCCCCACUUCCACAUCCGGGCUCUGAGAGACCAGCAGGCUGGUGUUCAGAGCAGGGCCUCCCUGAGGGGGCAGAGGGUGGGCCCAGGUCCUGCUGGGUUCCUGGCGAGGAUGUCCAUGGAGGACGGACGGACCCCGCACCCCAGCCCAGAGGACUUCAAGAACUGGCAGCGGAGGCCUCGGUCUGAGGUGGGGGUCCCUUAGGACACAGAACAGAGGAGGCGUGGGCCAGAGCCACUUGUCCAGGUUCAGCCGGACACUGACACCAUGUCCAUGGAGCAGAACAAUGAGCUCUGGAAGCUGGAAGAAGACCCAGUAGACUCCCAGGACCUGGUGGACGCACAGUUGUCUGGGGCUGAAGAGGAAACCUCCUCUUCCUUCUCUUCCUCCUCCUCCUCCUCCUCUUCCUCCUCCUCCUCCUCCUCUUUCUCCUCCUCUUCCUCCUCCUUCUCCUGCUGUUCCUCCUCCUCCUCUUCCUCCUCCUUCUCCUCCACUUCUACCUCCUCCUCCACUCCUUCUUCUUCCUCCUCUUCCCCUUCCUCCUCCUGCUCUGCCCUGUUCCUGAUCCCCAUGGAGGAAGGGUCUACUGCUGCUGGGUCCCUGAGUCCUCCCCAGGGCUCUCAGAGUGCUGACGCAUCUCCUAGCAGCGGAGAAGCCACUGCCUGGAGCCAGCCCAGACAUGGCUCCAGCAUCCCAGAUGAGCAGGGGUCAAGCACCUCGGAGGAGCCGGAAGAUACCCAGCCCUCAACCCAAGGAAGGCUCCACGUGAAAGUGUGUGACCUGAUGGUGUUUCUGCUCUUCAAGUAUUGCACCAAGCAGCCUACCAACAAGGCAGAGAUGCUGGAGAUCGUCAGCAAAGAAUACCAGGAUGACUUCCCCAUAAUCUUGGGCCAAGCCUCCGAGUGUAUGCGGCUGGUCUUUGGCAUAGACGUGAAGGAAGUGGAUUCCAGCGAGCACUCCUACGUCCUGAUCACCAUCCUGGGCCUCAGCUGCGAUGGGAUGCUGAGUGGUGAAAGGGGCCUGCCCAAGACCAGCCUCCUGGUCCUGCUCCUGGGGGUGAUCCUCCUGGAGGAUGGUUGUGCCCCCGAGGAGGAAGUGUGGGAGGCGCUGAGGGUCAUGGGGGUGUAUGAUGGCCAUGAGCACUUCAUCUAUGGGGAGCCUAGAAACCUCCUCACCAAUGUCUGGGUGCAGGAAGGUUAUGUGGAGUGCCGGCAGGUGGCGGGCAGUGACCCUGCCCGCUAUGAGUUCCUGUGGGGGCCCAGGGCCUACACAGAAACCAGCAAGUUGCAAGUCUUGGAGUAUUUGCUGCAGGUGAAUAGGAGGCAGCAGGGCUCCUCCCUGUCCCUUUCUGAAGAGGAGGGGACUGAUGAGGAAGAGGAGACCUGAGCCCAAGGGCAUUCAGGCCCAUUCCAGCCUUUACUGGGGUACACAGCUUCUCCUGUGAGCUGGGCAUUAAGGGAGGCCUUACGGUGCUUCCUCCUCAUGUUAUUCUGUUGGGUGUCUAAAGAGAAAGUCCUGGAUGUAUAAGGAGUUAAGGGGCAGGGCAGGUUGGGGGAAAGCAGGGCCAAGAGCCUGGGCUCUGUGAUGACUCUGAAACCCAGAGCUUAGUGUCCUUGAGGAAGCACUCCAAUGUUUGUUCCUUGGGAUAGAAGGUUUCCUCAUCCCAGUGUGUCAGUGACACACCCCCCUUUGCGUUCAUACUUCCCCAGUUCAAGAGUUAACAGUUUUGUCAUGUCCUGUAAACAAGUUGGGAGACCUUCCCUCUUUGCUCUUUGUUUGAGUUGUGGAUGAAAUCACAGGGCAUUGGCGUUGGAAUCUGUUGGAAAGGCCAGGAGUGGAGCAGGCAAGAGCUGGAGCGUGGAAAUAGGAAAAUAAACCUUGUUCACUUUUGCUUCUUA